AUGGAAGAAAUAAAUACAACUGCAAAUAUUCAGUUCUUCUUUCGUCCAUUCUCCGCUGACCCUAAGAUCCAGGUGGGGAUUUUUGUGGCCUUCCUGGUGAUGUACCUGACCAGCCUCAGUGGAAACACCACAGUUGCAGUCCUUGUCCAAAUCAACCACUCCCUCCACAUCCCCAUGUACUUCUUCCUGGCUAACCUGGCAGUUCUGGAAAUCUUCUAUACAUCUGCCAUUGCCCCCCUGGCCUUGGCAAACCUCCUUUCAAUGGGCAAAACUCCUGUUUCCAUCCCUGGAUGUGGGACCCAGAUGUUUUUCUUCAUCUUCUUGGGUGGAGCUGAUUGUGUCCUGCUUGCAGUCAUGGCUUAUGACCGGUUUGUGGCAAUCUGUUACCCUCUAAGAUACACCCGCAUCAUGAGCUGGCCCUUGUGUGUGGAGCUGAUGGUAGGGUCCCUGGUGCUGGGUUUCCUGCUGUCGCUGCCUCUGACUAUUUUAAUCUUCCAUCUCCCAUUCUGCAACAACAAUAAGAUCUACCACUUCUACUGUGACAUGCCUGCAGUCAUACACCUGGCCUGUGCAGACACACACGUUCACAAGACUGCCCUGUACAUCAUCAGCUUCAUCGUCCUAAGCAUCCCCCUCUCAUUAAUCUUCAUCUCCUACGUCUUCAUCAUGGCAGCCAUUCUACGGAUCCGGUCAGCGAAAGGGCGCCACCGAGCCUUCUCUACCUGCUCCUCUCACGUCUUAGUGGUCCUUCUGCAGUAUGGCUGCACCAGCUUUAUAUACUUGUCCCCCAGUUCCGGCUACUCUCCUGAGAUGGGCCGGGUGGUGUCCGUGGUCUACACCUUCAUCACUCCCAUUCUAAACCCCUUGAUCUACAGUAUAAGGAACAAGGAACUGAAAGAUGCCCUAAGGAGGGCACUGAAGAAGUUCUAG